AGUGGUAUUUCAAGUUUCUUUGUGGUACAAACAAACCGGAAGUCUGUUAUGUCAGCUGUCAAGUCGCAAAAAAGUUGGAAUUAGCAAUGUCUCUAAAUAAAAGCAAAGAAAAGUCAGUGACAGCUGAAAAACAUAAAGAGCCUUGCCACAAAAAACUAACAGAUGUUGGACUAUACAGUAUUGCAGGGCUGUGUGCAGUUUCUAUGUCACAAUUGUUCAGUGAGGAAUGUCAGGAGAACUUCAAGAAGAAAACACUUACGAAGAUACUGCAUGAGUUUGGUCAGCCAAAACAGACAAAUGAUUCAAUGUUUGCCUUGAUGGAAGGGGAGAUAAUGACAGAAUGUGAUGCCUUUGUAGACUCUUUAAUGGCAGAGGAAUGUUUGAAGGAAUCCAGACAACCCCUUAUAGUUGAACUUAUUACGAUAGCCAUAAACGAAGGUUGCUAUGACGCUAGGAUGCGAGUAUUAAUCAAGCAUAUUGCCUGGCAACUGAGAGUUACGUGGGAUGAUGUUGAGGCUAUCGAGGAAGAAUUUGCCGAGACAUUAGAAUAUGAUACAUACGUAAUGUCAGAAGAAGAAAUGAAAGAAAAGGCAAAAAAAUCCAGAAAUAGAAAGGUAAAAAGAUACGCUUUGAUUGGCCUGGCAACAGUAGGAGGUGGGGCUUUGAUAGGUUUGACUGGGGGAUUAGCUGCACCAUUGGUAGCAGCAGGGGCCGGGGCUGUUAUAGGUGGAGCAGGUGCAGCCGCACUUGGAUCUGCUGCCGGUGUGGCUAUAAUAGGGUCACUGUUUGGUGUGGCCGGAGCUGGCUUGACUGGUUACAAGAUGAAGAGAAGGGUUGGGGCGAUAGAUGAGUUUGCCUUUGAACCACUAACGUUGAUUGGUAGUCGACUGAAUUGUGCACGGAGCGUGAAACAACUUCAUAUAACUAUAGCAGUCACUGGCUGGAUCAAUGAUAGAUUACAAGAUUUUAGAAUUCCAUGGAGUGCAUUGGCUGAUUCUAAGGAACAGUAUAGUGUGAGAUGGGAGUCCAAAUAUCUGUAUCAAUUAGGGGAGGCAUUUGAUUACCUUCUACAGACUGGACUUAGUAUGGCUACCACAGAGGCCUUGAAAUACACAGUUUUAUCAGGGAUAAUCAGUGCCAUAGCCUGGCCAGCAGCAUUGAUUGCAGCAUCAGGGGCUAUAGACAAUCCAUGGCAUGUAUGUACACAGAGAGCCACUGAAACCGGGAAACAGCUGGCAGAGGUUUUAUUAGCUAGAGAGCAGGGAAACAGGCCCGUCACUCUGAUUGGUUUCAGUCUAGGAGCUAGAGUUAUCUUCUCUUGUUUAGAGGAACUUGCUAAAAGAAAAGGUGGUGAAGGUUUGGUAGAAGAUGUGAUAUUGUUAGGUGCACCUGUAUCAGGGGACCCAAAAAACUGGCAGCCACUUAUCAAAGUUGUAGGUGGCAAAAUUGUAAAUGGUUAUGCCAGAGGUGAUUGGUUGCUCAAGUUUUUAUAUAGAACAGCAUCUGUCACAUUCCAUGUAGCAGGACUGUCCCCAGUGAAAUGGGACAAUAGAAGGAUGCACAACAUUGAUCUAAGUGAUAUAAUUGACGGCCAUGGAGAUUAUAAAAAUAAUCUAGACAUUAUUCUAAAAGCUGUUGGUGUUCGCACAAAAGAUGAACUGAAAAUUACACAGAAAUUUACUAAAGAAAUUGGUGAAUUAAAAGAAUUCCCUAUAAAACCUGAUGUUGAAAACGUGAAUGGAGCUUGCGUUACAAACACAGGAAACGAUAGGGAAUCAAAAUCUGAAAGUAGAAAUGACAAUGAAGCCAAUAAAUCUAGAACUUCUAGUGAAUUGAAGCUUGAAGACCCAAGUUUAAAAUUUGUGGACAUGGGUGAAGCAGAUACAGGCAGCAAAACAACAGCAACAAGUGAAACUCCUCCCAAUGUUCAAACUGAUGAUAAUAUUACUAAAGGAGUGAGAGAAGACAGUCAUGAUGAGCCUGCAAGUGCAAUUAAGAAACAAAGUGCAAUUAUUGACAAAACAUCUGAGAAAAAUUUAGAUACUCAGGGAGGCUUAAGCAAUGGUGAAAGCAUUCGUAAUAUAGAUGGACAUGAAAAUGCUGGUGAUAAAUCUGGAGAUGGAUUGAAUAGUAUGGGGUUUGUAUGUGUGACAGAUCAGGACAAGUCAAAGAGCAAGGAUACUGAUAAAGUUGUAGCAACAGGAGAUGAAGAUGAAGAAGGGUGUUAUUUUACAGAUUCAAAUCCUGAAUCUGAUGAGGAGGAUGAUGGUGCAGUAAAAUCAUAGUUAUUAACCACCUUUAUAGGAACAUAUACACAAAUUCUUAUAUUUGCGGCAGGUACUUUACUACCAAAUUUAGAUACAAUGUAUCUUUUAACUAUCCAGAAUAUGAUUAGGAUUUUUGACACAAGGAUGGAAAUGAACCAUAUUCCCUGGAAAAAAAAGUUUUUUUGUAUGCUUAUUAUUUUUCAGGUUAAACCAUCUUGUUUUUAGGAAAAGAAAGUUGUCCAAGUUAUCAUUUUUGCUAAUUGAAAAGAAAUCAAAUGAUAUAAUAAGUAAAUGCCAUUUAAUGAAUUAUUCUAACCUCUGUACGAAUUCUUUUGGUGAAGUUUAUUGAGAUAUGUACAUUCUUGAAGCUAUUUGAAUGCUCAGUGCUUGUUAUUGUUGUUGUUUCUGUACAAACUGAUGACAAAUUCAUAUGUAACCUGAUUAUUUUAUACAUGUCUAGAAAUGUUCAGUUCUUUAACAGAAGCUACUCUCAGGGUAUGCAGGAUGUAGACACAAAAUACACAACAAAUGAUCUUGAGAACUCAGCAAAGAGUAGCCUUAAAGAUAAACUUGUCAGUUUUUAGCUCGAUUAUUUGAAGAAUAGGGAGAGCUAUUGUACUGAUCAUGGCAUUUGGGUUGGACUCGCAGUUUGGUUAACUUUUUUGUGCAAGAUGAUAUUGCAAACUUAUUUAAAAGCAUAAUAGGAGGUCACUCUCCAAGGCCCAUAACUCUUUAACAUUGAUUUUGACAAAAAUUCUACAUUAUUCAGGCCUUUGUUUUACUAUCAAGCACUGAAAAUAGUCAAGCAACCUGUCCUACUGAUAGUGGACAGCACUUGUUGUUACAAGUUUUUGGAAUUAUUUAUUAAAACAAACAAAAUGUGAUAUAGCCUAUAUAGUAUAACCUUAACAUAGGCAUAGUUAUUUUACUUUCACAUUUUAUUAGCUGUCUCAUGUACAGGACAGAAAUUUGAUUCAAUUCACAUAAAUAAUGAUCAUUCAAAUUUUACUUUAGUCAGUUAUUUGAUAUCAUUCAUUGUUUUGAUAACCUUAUAUGAGCCGCGCCACAACAAAACCAACAUAAU